AUGUCAACUGGUGAAGUCUCUGUGGUUGCGAUCGAUGACCCUUUCCUUAUGAAGUUCCCAGGGUGGGUCCGGGAGAAGUCCGACGAUGGCGAAUAUGCCCGCUGUCCUAAAUGUGGGAGACUCAUUAAGAUAAGUAAGAAGUCUUCCAGUGGUGUCAAGUAUCACCAAAAGUCUUGCGGGAAAAGGAAGCGCAGCGAUCCUAGCAAAACUGGGAACAAGGAGAAUCAAGCAGAGUGCAGAGAGGCGCUAUAUCAGUUUGUGGCCCACUCUGGCGUCCCGCUCUGCACCGUUGAGAAUGAAUACUUCAAACGCCUACUACGAAAGGCUCGACGGAGUCUCUCAAAUAAGCCUGAGUAUCGACGCGUGGUCGAGAAGCAGCCGUUCGAGCUUUCUAU